UCACACAGUUUGUGACUGCUCAUCAGCUGCUAAAAUAGAGAGGAACCUGGGGAUUCCUAUAACUGCCUUUAGAGUGUAUAAUAGUAGUAAGGGCUCAAACCAAACACAGAAGGACGGGCAGGAAGCGGCGUGGGCAGCCUCCUUGUGUCACCGCCUGCGUCAGACUAGACGCCAGGAGGGAGUUUUCCACUGACGAAAAAGCCUGCGCUUCUCGGCAGUCUGCUACAGACAAGGGAAGCGCUUCAGCUGGUACGGACCCCGUGCGGCAGAGAGGCACAGACAAUAGGAGAGAAUAAAAAAAAAAAGGCUGUGUGUACGCGGGGGAUAAGCGCUACGUUUAUUCGUGCCAUUUGGAUUACUUCCACCGUUAACACCCGUCGGCUGUUUUACCCAGCGUGACUAUUCGGUGACUGAUGGUGAUCGGAUACUUGAACUGGUGAUCUUUUGCGCUAACGCCAUGAGUGGGCUUCUCAAGAGGAAGUUUGAGGAGGUGGAUGAGGACCCAUGCUACUCCUCACCGUCGCCCUCUUCCCUCUCCUCUGCCUGCUCAGGCUGGGACUCGGAGGCGGAGAGCUGCUUCUCGGACACCCUGGAUUCCACCCCCAGCAACCCCAGCUCCCCGGCAACAAAUUUCAACACAACGUCCAUCCUUAAGAAAUCCAAACGAGCGCGGCGGGGCAAUGUGACGUUUGACCAGGUGACGGUGUUCUUCUUCCCUCGGUGCCAAGGCUUCACCAGCGUUCCCAGCCGAGGAGGAUGCACUCUGGGCAUGAUGCAACGCCACAGUGCACUCCGCACAUAUUCGCUCGCAGAGUUUGCCGUGGAGCAGCGGCUCCUGCGUCGGGAAAAACUCCUCAACAGACUCAGGGAAGAGAAACUGGAAGCUCUCAAACUGAAGCUGACAAAAAAUGGAACCCAGGAGAGCGAGGAGGCCGAAAAACUUACAGUGGAUGACAUCCCAGAGCAGGAUAUUGACAUCAGUGGAGCCAACGUCGACGAGGGCUCUUUUCUCCAGCCUUACACGUCCAAGCGCCGCUAUGCGCUGCUCAAAGCGGCUGGUGUGAAGAAGAUCGACAAGGAGGAAAAGAGGCAGCUGCAUGAGCUGAGGCUCUCCAGGGAGAACUGUGGUUGCGACUGUCAGGGGUUCUGCGAACCUGAGACUUGCAGCUGCAGCCUGGCUGGCAUCAAAUGUCAGAUGGACCACUCCUCUUUUCCAUGCGGAUGUACCAAGGAUGGAUGCGGAAACACGGAGGGCCGCAUUGAGUUCAACUCCACCAGGGUACAGACGCAUUACAUCCACACUAUAAUGAAGCUGGAGCUGGAGAAGAGGCUGGAGGAGCAGUCCAGCACAGAAGAGGAUGAGGAGAACACAACCGGUGCCACCCCCUUACCAGCAGUGCCCUCCUUCCCCUUCAGCUCAGAGAUGACAACAGCUGGGGAGAACAGCUGCAGCAGCGAUAUGACAGACUUGUCGGACUCUCAGAGUGAGGACUCGGAGGCAGGCGAAGGUCCGUGUGAGCCCAGCGCCCAGCUGGAUGUUGAUGAGAAAGGCCUGAGCCGCAUACUGUGUUUCAGUGACACAGAAAACUGUUCGAGAAGUAGCAAGGACAGCGGUGAUAAGAGCGACAAAGACACUUGUUGCCCAGAGCAACAGCAAGAGCAACAGCAGCCAUCUACGGAGGCGUUUAGUAGCUUUAGUAUGGUGGACUUUGCAGAUGAGAAUGACAAUAUAGACGCUGCACUGCUGGACUCUUCGGACGAUCAAACAGACAAUCGAGCAACAGCCAUUUCAGAACUUUUGGAUGAGAAUGCCAACCAGGGAAACGCUCUCUUCCAUAGCUGUAGUGUUCCACACACGCCCUCUCCCACAGUCGAUCGCUCAGCUAGCUACGACAUGGAGCUGAGCCUCUCAUCUGAGUCAGACCUGGAGUUUUUCGAUGGCUUCCCCUGUUUGGGGCCCACCUCCCUCUACAACUCCCUCAAGGAGUACGAGCACAUGGACAACUUUUUUCAGUUUCAGUUGCCUAGUUAUCCCAGUUUCCCUGCAGCCAGUGACCCAGGGACCUGCCUCCUGGAGUCGCUGAUUGGCCUUUCAGAGUCCGUCCCAGAACCCCCCGCCACUUUUACAGACAAUCAGCUGUUGGAGGAAGCCAUGAAAUUGUCUGUGAUGGAGUCUGUGAAAGUUUGACCCACGCAAAGUGAAAAAUUUGUGGACAGUGCAAGAAAAACGCAGGUUUGAAAAUGCACAUAAGAUGUCAAAGUGUUGGAGGAAGCUGUGAUUGCGUUUGAUUUUUUUUUUUUUUUCUUUUCUCCCUCUCGCCUAAUAAUAAACGUUCAAAAUUCCAGACUUGCCUUCAAAAUUGUAAGCAAAGCAGUUUGGAAUGAUUGCUGUGUGAGACGGCAGCUAGUGUUGAAAGAGAUACUAAACGUAUAUCAAUUUGAUCAGGCAUAUUAAAAAUAAUAACAAAAAAGAUGUGGUGGCUCUCAAUUCCUAAGAAAGCUUGUUUAACCAAACCAAGAUCACCAACCAUACGCUAAAUGGGAAUGAACCCUCUGGGGCCAGGUUGGGAAUCUCAACACAGCUGAAUGUGCACCUCAGGGAUUUUUUUUCUAGCUUUUGGAGGCAAUGUACCUUUGCUGUGAUGGCCUUCAUAUGAAAACCAGAGUCAAAUGGUAACCUGUUCGCGCCCUAGAUUUUGGGCUAACACCCGGACGACUUGAGUAGAAGGGGUCCUCCUCGUGUUAAAUCCUAAAGCUAGUGGACUCUUUCUCCUCAAGAUCUCUCCCAAGGGUCUUUUAUGGUACAAAUAAAAUCCCUCUAAAAUCUCCUUGAUCAGCACUUUAUCUGUGAAAAAAAAUAGUUAUGUAUGAAUAGGCAUUGUUUUGGUCGAACGGGAUCGAUUCAACAGUUAAACGCUAACAUGACGGAGUUUCAUAUUUAUGAGCAGGGUAACUAGAUAUAAUGCUCAUGCCAUUUAAAAGCUGUAGCUGUAUUGUCUUUUUACUUUUGUUUUAAAUUAUUUCCUUUUAUGAAUUCCUUUUAUUUAUUUCUGAUGAAGCCUACUUUCACUCAAGCAGCACUGUGGUUUGAUAUUUCACCUGAAAGUGCAAUCUUCC